AUGCGUGCUAAGUCUGCCAAAGCAGCAUUGAGAAAUUUGGCAACGAUGAGCGCUCCUGGGAUCAGUUUCAAGUAUAAACCACCGGUUGACAGAAAUAUGAGGACUCUAGAUCGGUCAUUCUUUGUUUCCAAGGUGCCAUUAUGUGUUGUUAGGUUCCCUGAUCCAAAAAAUAUCAGCAUAUUUUCAAAGAAGUUCAAGGAGAGCAUACUGCGGGUUCCACGCAUUCCGCAUGUCGUCAAGCUGGACCAAGCUGAGGGCUCCAGAAGGUCCGACGGCAAGAGUCUGGCUUGCGACAACGGCAUAGUGACAAAGGGCGUUCUUCUGGCUGAUACGAUAAGCAGCAUCGACGAGGCCAGGACGCGCCUGUCGCCAGACGCAAUGAGUUUUCUGGACGAGACUGAGGCAGAGAUUCUUCCCUACGAGUACAAGAUGGACUACGAUUUCUGGAAGGCGGAGGAAAUUCUGCGGGCAGUGCUGCCCGAGCAGUUUCUGGAUGAGAUCCCGACGGGGUUCACCGUUGUGGGCCACAUCGCGCAUUUGAACCUGCGGCAGGAGUUUAAGCCGUUCGCCGCUCUGAUCGGGCAGGUGAUCCUGGAUAAGAACAAUAAAAUCGAAACCGUGGUGGACAAAGUGAGUUCGAUAGCGACGCAGUUCAGAACGUUUCCCAUGCAGGUGAUAGCUGGCCGCGACAGCGACCUAGUGGUCGAACAGAAGGAAUCCAACUGCACCUUCCGGUUCGACUUCAGCAAAGUAUACUGGAACUCCAGGUUGCACACCGAGCACGAAAGGCUGGUCUCGCAAUUUUUUCAGCCGGGCCAAGUGCUCUGCGACGUGUUUGCAGGCGUCGGGCCGUUCGCAAUACCGGCAGCGAAGAAGGACGUCAUAGUGCUCGCAAACGACCUGAACCCGGAGAGCUUUAAGUAUCUCAGGGAAAACAUCGAACUGAAUAAAGUCUCACCUCUGGUGGAAGCGCUCAACCUGGACGGCGGCGAAUUUAUCAGUAAAUCUUUCGAGCUUCUCAGCCAAUGGCGUGAACGGACCAAAGGCAAGAUCAGUGUCCCACUGAAGCUCAGUCACCACGAGCGCAAGAGACAGAAGAAGCAGCCCGUUCAGGGCAUACCCGCCACCAGAGAGCUCGAGAUACCGCUUCACAUCAACCACUUUGUCAUGAACCUGCCAGACAGCUCGAUUAGUUUCCUCGACAAGUUCAUCGGCCUCUAUCAUAAUCUGCACGUUCAGACAAUGCCACACAUCCAUCUCCACUGUUUUGAGAAAUAUGGCAUCGACGAAGAGCCAACCAUGGAAGAGCUACACGACAGAGUACAUUCGCGCAUUCUGUCUUCACUACGAACCAGUGAAAAAAUCCUACCAAAGGACCGUCUGUCGUUCCACCUAGUGCGUAAGGUGUCCCCCACGAAGCCCAUGUUCUGCGUCAGCUUCCAAUUGCCCAAAGAGGUGGCGUCGGCCAACCCUGUAUACACUACAUAA